AUAUAAAAGUAAGACGAUAGAAGCAAACCAAAUCAAGGAAAUUGUGAGUUAAUGAUACAGAAAUUGGAAUUGAAGAACAUGACAGAGAAGCUCCUUUUAUUUUUCCUUUCAUUUAUUUGCUUGGCAAAAGCGAGUACCUUAACCCCAUCCCCGCCCUCCAACAUUCACAACAAAACUCAAAGUCCAAAACAUUUUGUGUUGAUACAUGGAGCCUGUCAUGGGGCAUGGAGUUGGUAUAAGGUGGCGACUCUUCUGAGGAACUCUGGUCACAAUGUAACAGCUCUAGACUUGGGAGCAUCCGGGAUCAACCCGAUUCAGAUACAACAACUCCCUUCGUUAUCGGAAUUCGUCGAGCCAUUGACAAAGGUCAUGGUGUCUCUACCACCAAAUGAAAAGGUUAUCCUCGUGGGUCACAGCUUGGGUGGAGCCGUAAUAUCCAUUUUCAUGGAGAGAUUUCCUGAGAAAGUUGCUGCUGCGAUAUUUGCCACAGCUGUCAUGUAUGGUCCUACUCUCAAUUUCUCAACUGCAUAUGCAGAGGUUACCAAAGGAAGGCAAUUUAUGGACACUCAAUUCAGAUAUGACAACGGGACCAACAACCCUGCAACCUCCCUUCUCCUUGGGCCUAAGGACAUGGCGACAAUCUUGUACCAGCUCUCCCCACCACAGGAUUUAAAUCUAGCGUUAUCGUUGGUAAGAUUUUUUCCUUUAUAUAAUUAUGAUGUAAUAAAACUCACGAAAGAGAGGUAUGGAUCAGUUCGUAGAGUAUUCAUCGUGGCCAACCAAGACCUUGCGAUUGCGUUGGAUGAGCAAAAUUACAUGAUCAAGAAGAAUCCCCCAAAUGAAGUGAAAGUGAUAAACGGUUCUGAUCACAUGGUCAUGUUCUCUAAACCAGUGGAGCUGUUCUGCCACCUCCAAAGUAUUGCUGAGAAGCAUUCAUAAAGACAUGGACGGACAUGAUUAAUUCAGGCAUACUAGGUAGCCUGCGUUGCAUGCACCAUAGUACAAAAUGUAAAUGAAUAAAUGAGAUUGCUUUAAGUACUAAUAAUUACGUGUCCAUGAACUUUAGUUCAAGAGGCAUGACGCACUACUAUAAACAUGGUCACUGCGUUUAGCUUGGCUUGUGGUCGCUUCUCAUUUUUCAAAGUUAUGUUUUCUUUUUUAAAAUAAACGAUAUUAUCUAUACUAAGGGGUUAAGAGAGUGGGACAAGCCUUAUAACAGAUUAGCAAUAAUGUGGUUCAAGUUAGCAUACGACGAGGGUUGAACCAAAGAUCUCUCACUUACAAGGAAAGAAGAAUCACUAUACCAUAGUACAAAGUGACUUCAAAGUUAUGUUUUUAGUUUCUAUUUAUUGGGUUGCCUAGCAGCUACCCCUACAAUUAACCAUGGGAAAUUUGGAAAAAUAACCAAAUUUUGGACCUCAUAUAGAAUUACAGC